GGACCGCAGGAAUGGCCUCCCUGCUACUCUUCUGCCUGGGCCUUGUACAGCUGGGCUGCAGCGGCUUGGCCCAGCAAAGGGAUUUCCUGGUGACAGCUCCUCGGCUGCUGAGGCUGGACGCUAUGGAGACGGUGGUGGUGCAGGUGUUUGACGAGGCCGAGGCCUCGGUGCAGGUGUACCUGAAGAAGAGUCUGGCGCCGGGGGACACCACCUACGCCACCGAGACGGUCCAGCUCAACGCAGGGAACAACUAUCAGGGAUCUGCCAAGAUGCGACUGUUCUCCAAGGAUUUCCCUCCAGAUGCGACACAUGUGUACCUUCAUGCUGUGUCUAGUGGCAUCAACAGCCACGAGAAAAUACCCGUCUCCCGUGACAAUGGGUUUCUCUUCAUCCAGACCGACAAGCCUUUGUAUACACCUGAGCAGUCAGUGAAAAUUCGUGUGUACUCUCUGAAUGAGGAGCUUUCACCUGCCAGGAGAAAGGUCACUCUCACCUUCCGGGAUCCUGAUGCGGUGAAGGUGGACGUGGUGGACCUUGAGGACGUCAGUGGGAUCAUCUCCAUGCAGAGGGACUUUAAAGUCCCCCUCAAACCAAAGUUGGGGCUGUGGACGAUUGAGGCAUCCUACACUGAUGACUUCAGCACCACUGCACAAACCCAGUUUGAAGUGAAAAAAUAUGUGCUACCCAGUAUCAUAGUGACUCUGCAACCAGAGCAGUCUUACAUCACUGAGGCCAAUAUGAACUCCUUCAAGCUGAGCGUCACAGCACGGUAUGCUCAUGGUGCUCCUGUGAUAGAGGGCUUGGCGAUGAUGAGGUUUGGCUACAUCUCAGGCCAUCAAACUGUCGUCCUCCCCAAAACCUUCCGCACAGCAGAGCUGACAGAGACAGGUGAGGCAGAAUUGACCUUGAACAUCAGAGAGGCCCUGGACGCGGCCCCCGAGGGCCCCAAAGACCUGCAGGGCCUGGAGGGCCAAUACCUGUACGUGCUGGUGACAGUGGAGGAGAGCACAGGUGGCAUGAGUCAGCAGGCGGAGUUGGUCAACGUGAAGUUUGCAGCAUCUCCCUUCACUUUGAGGCUGAUUGCCACUCCUCCUUUCAUCAAGCCAGGACUGCCAUACGGAAUCAGGGCCCUGGUGAGAAACCCCUUGGGGAGGCCGGUGAGCGGCGUGGCCGUGAAGAUUCGUGCGUCGCUCACCCAGACAGACGGGGUGCAGGAGCCUCUGCUGUCCUCCAGCCUGGAGCGGGACACCACCAGGCAGUCCCUCAGGGACGGGGUGGCCCACUUCACCUACAACAUCCCCAGCACCGCCAACAAGGCAGAGUUCUUUUUGGAGACAGCAGACCCUCGACUGCCCUCUGAGAAUCAGGCUUCGCUCUCAUAUAAGGCAGAUGCUUACGCGUCAACCAGGGGACGCUAUGUGUACAUCGACCUUCCUGACGCCGUGUCAUCUGUGCAAGUUUCGGAUUACCUCAACAUUAAAGUCUACUUUGAGUAUCGCGAAUUCUUGACCCUAAAGACAUUCAGCUAUCAGGUGCUGUCGAGGGGCCGGGUGGUGAAGUACGCCACUCUGCCUCGCUCGGGCACCAAGACGGAGAUCAUCAGCCUGCGCGUGACCCCGGAGAUGGUGCCAUCGGCACGCCUCAUUGUCUACUACGUCCAGACUGGAGAGGGCGCCGCUGAGCUGGUCGCUGACUCCGUGUGGUUCGAUGUGCACCACAAGUGUGUCAACGGACUCAACAUGGCGCUAAGUGUACCUGAGUCUCAGUACAAGCCCAAAGACAACGUGACACUGAAGCUGGAGACCAGUGAAAGCUCUGUGGUGGCCCUCUCAGCAGUGGACACCUCACUCUACGCCCUCAGACUCAACCAGAAAGACCCACUUAACAAUGUGCUGCGGCAUGUUGAGCUAAAGGACACGGGCUGUGGGGGAGGAGGCGGGAAAGACGGCUCUGAUGUGUUCCGCAGGGCUGGCCUCAUGUUCAUGACCAACGCUAAUGCUAAGGCAAUUAUUGAAGGUGACACAUGCUCUGACAUCAUAAGAUCUAAGAGGGCAAUUUCCACACAAGCAGACUUUGAAGCAUCUGUGAAUAAACUCCCCACACAAAAACAUAAAGAUGUGUGCUGGCAGGGCUUUCACAGUAACCCAAUUCUGGAAUCUUGUGAGGUUCGGGCCAGAUCGCUGUAUAAACAUCGGCAUCAGGUUGUGAAGCUCUUCACAGAAUGCUGCAAUGUAGGUGUACGACUGCGUAGCACACCUGGAGUCUACACUUUGGCCCGCGCAGCUGCGGAUGCGUUGUUUGAUAAUGCUCCCCUGCAGAUUCGCAGCUACUUCCCCGAGAGCUGGCUUUGGCUGGAGCAGAACAUAGAUGACAGUUCCAGGCCAACGCUCAUCAACCGACCCCUGCCAGACUCUCUGACCACGUGGGAGAUGAGAGCAGUGGGACUGUCCAAUAACGGUAUGUGUGUGUCGGAGCCAGUGAGGGUGUCGGUGAGCCAGGAGGUGAGUGUGGAGGUGGCACUGCCCUAUGCCAUGGUGCGCGGCGAGCAGAUCCAGCUCUCGGGCUCCAUCUACAACCAGCGGGACCAGGACUUACGGUACUCGUUGACUCUUGACGCCCCUCCGGGGAUCUGCGUGUUCCGUGGCGAGAACUCGGCGGACUACUCUAAAGCAGCGAAAAAGUAUCUGCCGGGGAACUCUGUGACCGCCUUCCACUUCUACAUCAUGGCUAUGGAGGCCGGAACUCACACCCUCAGCUUCACCCUCACCACCAUCUGGGGCAAGGAGAGGCUGGACAAGACCCUACGAGUGACUCCUGAGGGUAUCCUGACUGAGGAGAACACAGGGGCCACAAUUGACCCUCAGGGUAUCUACGGCAGUUCCAAGAGACGGGUAGAACUGAGGAACUCCCUCCCUCCAAACGUGGUACCCAAUUCGCCAGUGGAGCGCCGCUUAAUGGUCACUGGUGAGUUGUUUGGGGAGAUGCUGGCCAUCAUGAACAGCCCCGAGGGGAUCCAGCGUCUGGUGAACCUGCCGCGCGGCUCCGCAGAGAAGGAGCUGAUGGGGCUGCUGCCUCUCUACUACGUCUACCACUACAUGGAGCAGGGCCAGCACUGGGCCGGCCUGGGGCCGGAGGCGGCCAACUUCAAGACAGACCUCAAAAGGAAGAUGAAGGAAGGUCUUAUCAGCAUCAUGUCCUUUAAAACACGUCUACACGAUGCCUUCAGCAUGUGGAAGAAAGAAGAGAAUGAAGAUCCAAGCACAUGGCUGACCGCCCUCAUGGUCAGGAGUCUGGCGGAGGUGGACAAGUACAACGCUGUGGACGGCAUCGCCCUCGCCAGGUUCGUCAAUUGGCUGAUUGACAGCUGUCAGAAAGGCGACGGCUCCUUCCUGGAAACGUCCAAAUACAAGCCUGUAAAGCUCAUGGGGGCCGGAGGCGACACAACGGAACAGGCGGCUUACCUCACCUCAUUUGUCGUCAUUGCAAUCCAGAAUGCCAUGCAGGUCCCUGAAUGCAAACUUCAGGCGUAUGAGGAGGCCCUGAAGAAGGCGGAGGGUUUCCUGUUCAGCAAGGUGCAGUCUGGGGAGCUGAAGAGCCUGUACGUGCGGGCGGUGACGGCCUACGCCCUGACCCUCCUGGACAGCAGCAGCAUGCCCUCCCUCACGCUCUACGAGGGCCUGCAGGCCGCAGCCACCAUAAAAGGUAGCCCAGGUAACCCGGUGGUGCGCUUCUGGCAGGAGGAGUCUGCAGCGUCGGACGCGAACCCCCUGAAGCCCCACAAGGCCUCUGCCCAGACGGUGGAGACCACGGCCUACGUGCUGCUCACCGUGCUCCUCAGAGGCCAGGCGGCCUACGCCAAGCCCAUCCUCGCCUGGAUCACCCAGGACCAGCGCUACGGAGGCGGCUUCUACUCCACACAGGACACCAUACUCUGCUUGGAGGCCCUGGCAAAGCACAGCGUCAUGACCAAAGAUGCCAACUUGGAAAUGGACAUCAAGGCUCAGUACAGGACCAAAGGAGACCUGGGCUACAUCUCGCUCACUGAGAACAGGCCUCUGGGCAAGAGCAUCACGGUGACACAGAAUGAUGACAUCAUCCUGUCUACUGGCCUGAGCACAGGAGUGUCUGUAGCUAAUCUCAAAACGGUCUACUACAAAAUGGCAGAUGACAGUGAAUCAUGCCACUUUGACAUCUCCAUUGACAUUAAACCUCGCAAUCCAAAGUCGAAUGACUUCAUGGAGUUGUUACCACGGAUCAUCGCCUGUGCCAGGUAUAAGCCAGAUGAGAAUGAGGUGUAUUCAGAGUCCAGUCACACAGUCCUGGAGAUCCAGCUACCUACCGGGGUGAACGCACUACAAGAGGAUCUGGACCUGAUGCAGGAUGGCCUUGAAUCCCGCAUUUCUAAUUAUGAAAUUAACGGGGAUAGAGUCAUCAUUCAGCUGGACUCAGUGCCUUCAGAAGCGCCCUACUGUGUUGGGUUCCGUAUCCAGGAGCUCUUUGUCACCGGCAUGGCAAGCGGCUCUCUAUACAGAGUCUACGAGUACCAUGACCCAGAGAGCAGCUGUUCAAAGGUCUACUUCCCUCAGGAGCGCAAGCUACUCAGGCUGUGCCAAAAUGACCAGUGCCACUGCAUGGCAGCUGAAUGCUGCACCUUCAGGUCCACUAUGGAUGCCAGCAUCACCGCUGAUUCCCUGCAGACAGACAUGUGCAACGACCGUGUGAAAUAUGCAUUCAAGGUCGACAUUGAGUCGCAGAAAGCCGAGGGUGACUUUGUGACAUACACAGCAAAGGUGCAGGGUGUCUUCAAAAAAGGGGAGGAGGACAUCAAACUUGGCGAUGAGGUCGAGUUUGUUAAGAAGGGUACAUGCAGCUCCACCCAGCUCGAGGAGCGCAACCAGUACCUGGUGAUGGCAGCCAGCAUCAUGGAGAUCCGAGAGCAUCGCUCCUUCAGGUACAAGUUCCCCCUGGACUCCAAAGCCCAGGUGGAUGUUUGGCCAGAUGCAGGAAGCUGUAGGCCAGGGAGCUCCUGCGCCAACUACCUCAAACAGCUUGACGACUUCACGGAAAACAUUCUCCUCUUUGGAUGCUAAUAGGACAUUGCAUGACCUUAGAACCAGCCAAUGAGUGGAUAGAGAGGCUUAGAGGGAUGUGUAGAUAGAUAUACAGUAUUGUACCCACAGCAGGUGUUCGGAAACAGAUGUAUUUUAUUUACUGAUGAAGUGAUUUCUAUGAUUGUUAUGUUUACCUUGUAAAGAAAAUGAAUAGAUUUUGAGACAAAAUAAUCUGUGUCUUGCUGUUUUUUUCACACUAUAUUUCUUUGCUGCUGCACUGUCUCAACAUUGCCAAAUUAUGUCCAAAGCCUUCCUCAGAAGGCAUAGGCUACACAGACAAGCUAAUUAUUCUGGUGUUGGUAAAUGUUGAUUUUAGUGGUGGACUUGAUGGACGCAAUCCCAGGGCCUGAGCUUGUUGCAAUGACCAGGUAAAAUUGGCUCUAAUAUGCAAACUAUUAGAUAAUGAGGAACCAUUCAUACAUUCUCUGGGUAUGUUUGUUGUCAGACCCCUAAAUGCAAAUCAUUUGACCAACCACCCUUACAGUAACGUCAGGAUGAUACUCCUAGAGUCUCUGGUAACGUGAUCAUUGAUUUUGUAAACUCAAAAAAUAAAAACCGAUAACAAAAAAACAGAAUCUUACAAAGUUUUCCCUGAAAUAUAUUUUCUUAUUAUAAGCCUUUUAAUCAAAAUAUGUACAGAAAUGAAUUGAUGUUUUUACAAUUCUGCCAACAAAGUUUUUGGCAAAAUGGAAGAUGGGAAACUCCAAAUAAACAGUGUGAAGAAUAAUACCCUGUCCUCGGACCCUGCACAAUAUUACACAUUGUUAUUCAUUCUAAAUUAAAGUAUGCAUAUCUCAAAUGAAAAAUCGCAACUUAAACAAAUAUGUACAAGCUUGGCAAAAGAUUUUUAAGGUGAUGAUACGCAGGAAAAGGUUUUGAGCGAUGUUGUCGCCAGGUGAGAGCAUUUUUUUUCCCGGAUGGAGUGGAUUU